AACUUUCUCAUUUUCAACGUUAGCCAAACAUACCAUACGGCCCAAAGGCAAAAUCUAAAUCUAAACAACGUUAACCGAAAUUAGCCCAGCCCAUAUUCACAGCUAAGCUCAGUACGUUUGAUACUGAACAAAAAUGGCGGAUUCAACUCCCAUUUUCUAAAACCUAAAUCCCAUUCGAUCGAGAGUAAGAAGAUGAAUACAGACAUUACGGCAUCGGCAAAGCCGGAGUAUCCAGUUAUAGAUCGGAAUCCUCCCUUUACGAAGACGGUGGCUAAUUUCAACACCCUCGAUUACCUCCGUCUCACCACCAUCACCGGCGUCUCCGUCGUCGUUGGGUACCUCUCCGGAAUUAAGCCGGGGAUAAGGGGGCCAUCAAUGGUGACAGGUGGUUUGAUAGGGGCGAUGGGAGGUUUCAUGUACGCAUACCAAAAUUCGGCUGGAAGGCUUAUGGGAUUUUUCCCAAAUGAAGGCGAUGUUGCCAAGUACAAGAAACAUGCUAUCUAGGGUUUAUCUGAUGCUUCCUCUUUACAUAAAUUCAAUGAGAAGCUUAGAAAACUUUGGCAAGUUACUUUAAUCUUAUGCUAUUUCGUAAGAGCAUUUGCAUGUUUUCAUGUUACUCCCAAUAACCAAAUCGUGUUCUGAAUUGCUUUUUUUUGAAAGGCUAGUUAUUUCAAUGUGUAAUCGCUGAACUACUUGGCCUCUUUAAUUCUUGUUUACUCUUUGAUUAAAUUGCGCCUUGUUAGAACACCAAUGGUUACUUUCUUGAAUCUAUUGCCUAAGGUUUGGCUAUUGAUCCUUUCAACAUUGGGAAUGAUAAUAGAAUUCUGUAUCAAUGACUGCUA